AUGUCGACGCCUUUUCCGCCUCGAAAUCGCAGAGGUUUCAAGGUUGCCAUUAUCUGCGCCUUGAAGUUGGAGGCUGAAAAUGUCCGAGCCGUGUUCGAUAGAUGCUGGGAAGAUGAAGGAAAACAAUACAACCAAGCAGAGGGGGAUCAGAACGCAUAUACGACAGGAGUGAUUGGAAAGCAUAAUGUUGUCCUAGCUCAUAUGCCUGAUAUGGGCAGCAUCAGCGCCGCGACUGCAGCCGCUGGCCUUCGCUCUAGUUUUCCGGGAAUUCAGCUCGCUUUGGUGGUGGGUAUCUGCGGCGUUGUUCCCAUUCAUCCAAAGACGCAAGAAGAGAUUGUCUUAGGGGACAUUGUCAUCAGCACGGCUGUGAUUCAGUAUGACUUUGGCAGGCAAUACCCCAAUGGAUUCCGGAGAAAGAAGGAGAUUGAAGACAGCUUAGGGAGGGCGAGCCCGGCAAUCCGAUCAUUUAUCAACAUGUUACGGGUGCGUCACAAUCACAGGCGGUUAACCAGGAACCUCACGCUGCUCCUGCAAUCGGAGAAUUUCCAGACAGAAGUUCCUGCCGCCAAAUAUCCUGGCGCGAUUCGUGACCGGCUCUACGAGGCGUCUUACAUCCAUCAGCAUCGACCAGGUGUGAGUUGCGACAACUGUAACAACAGCCUCGAGACUUGUUCGAAGAGCUGUGACGAACUUGGAUGUGAGGAAGAAAAACUCAUUGCUCGCAAUCGGCUCAGCUUUCCCAAGACAGAAGAUCUCUCACUUCUCCCAGAUGAUAUACCCUUGAUCCACUUCGGUAAAUUCGGAUCAGCGAACAUCGUGAUGAAGUCUGGAGUUGAUCGCGACUGGUUGGCAGAAUCCGACGGGGUGAUCGCGUUUGAAAUGGAAGGUGCGGGUGUGUGGGAUCAACAUCCUACCGUUGUCAUUAAGGCAGCCUGUGACUAUGCCGAUAGCCACAAGAACAAGGAUUGGCAAGAUUACGCUGCCGCCAUGGCCGCCGCCGGUCUCAAAGUCCUCUUGAAAGAGUGGACCACGCCAGACCAGUUGGCAGAUAGAGAUGAAUCGCCCGGUCCGAUAUGGCACGUGCCUUUUGAUCAAUUGCCAGGAUUUGUCGGCCGCACAGACGAGAUCGAACACCUUAAGUGGAAGAUCUUCGAAACAGGCGGUCGUCGCGUCGUUUCCGUACUGGGCUUAGGAGGCAUCGGUAAGAGUCGGCUGGCGCUGGAGCUUGCCUACCAGAUCAAGUCGGAGCAUCCACAGCAUUCCAUCUUUUGGAUCCAGGCCGCGGACCAACUGACCUUUGAAAGGGACGUGCUUGAGAUUGGAAAGAAGCUCAGAAUUCCGGGAAUUGAAGACGACAAAACAGACACCAAGAGCCUCUUCAAGCAAAGCCUUAGCAGCUCUUCGACGGACCAAUGGCUCUUGAUACUUGACAACGCGGAUGACGAAGCGUUAUGGGGAGACCAAUCGGAUUCAAGCCCGGAGGUAUCUUCACUAGUGGAGUACUUGCCGAAAACGACGAAUGGCUCCAUUAUCAUAACAACCCGGACGCGAGGCGUUGCUAAUUUUCUGGCAGGAAAAGAAGUGAUCGAAUUACCCGAGAUGUCGCCGCACGAAGGCGCAGAGAUGUUCACAGAGGCGCUGCAGAAUCCAGGUCUCGCUGUCGAUCGUGUCGCCACAUUGACCUUGCUGGAGAAGUUGGCCUUCCUCCCCCUUGCAAUUGUUCAGGCUGCUUCAUUUAUCAACAUGACCCAGCGACCUGUACAGACAUAUGUCGAGCUUCUCGACGAGCCUGAAGCAGAGGUGAUCAAGCUUUUGAGCAAGGACUUUGGGGACCCAUCCCGGUAUCCGAAUGCUAAAAAUCCGAUUGCCACUACUUGGCUCAUCUCGUUUAACCACAUCCUCAAGCACCACCAACUAGCGGCAAGGUUCCUUUCGUCUAUGGCGUGCCUCCAUGAAAAAAACAUUCCACGAUCGCUUCUGCCAGAAGCCGGCUCGAAGAUAGAUAUUAUCGAUGCUAUUACUACCUUGACGGGAUAUUCGUUUGUGAGAAGGCAGACAAGCAGUAAUGGCCUUGGAGAUGGCGAGGAGCUGUACAAUCUUCAUCGAUUAGUGCAGCUGGCCGCUCGAAAUUGGUUGAAGUUGAAAGGCUCGCUCACUGAUUGGAUGAGAACCUGCAUCACACGAAUCGCCCAGGUCUUCCCGACGCGAGACUACAAGCACAAAAGUAUUUGGACAGUUUAUUUGCCGCAUGCUCAGCGUCUUUGCGAAGAGAACGAGGUCGAACAUUUUCCUGAUCGGUAUCGGUUACUCGAGAAGAUGGGCCUGUGUUUUGUUGUCGAUGGGAAGUACGAUGAAGCGGUAAAAGCUCAUACAGCAACAGUACAGUGGAGGGAGUAUAAUCUGGGAGCUUCAGAACAACAGACACUUGAAGCUUACAACAACCUUGGAGAGGCGUUGAAUUGGAAGGGUGAUCGCUCUGCGGCCGAGAGGUACCUUCAAAAGGCUCUUAAAGGACAGAGGGAGAUCCCCAAGGCGGAGCAUCCCUCCACGCUGACCAGUAUGGCCAACCUGGCGUCGACAUACCGGAAUCAAGGCCGAUGGCAGGAGGCGGAAGAGCUUGACGUGCAAGUCAUGGAAACGAGAAAGAGGGUGCUCGGGGCGGAGCAUCCCUCCACGCUGACCAUUAUGGAGACGAGUUCGAGGGUGCUCGGGGCGGAGCAUCCCUCCACGCUGACCAGUAUGGCCAACCUGGCGUCGACAUACCGGAAUCAAGGCCGAUGGCAGGAUGCGGAAGAGCUGGAAGUACAAGUCAUGGAAACGAGAAAGAGGGUGCUCGGGGCGGAGCAUCCUGACACGCUGACCAGUAUGGCCAAUCUGGCGUCGACAUACCGGAAUCAAAGGCCGAUGGCAGGAGACGGAAGAGCUUGA